GCAGGCUACCAGCACAUCCGCAUGUACGACCUCAACUCCAACAACCCCAACCCCGUCAUCAACUACGACGGCGUGAGCAAGAACAUCACGUCGGUGGGGUUCCACGAGGACGGGCGGUGGAUGUACACGGGCGGGGAGGACUGCAUGGCCAGGAUCUGGGACCUCAGGUCUCGUAACCUCCAGUGCCAGCGCAUCUUCCAGGUGAACGCUCCCAUUAACUGCGUGUGCCUGCACCCCAACCAGGCAGAGCUGAUUGUGGGUGAUCAGAGCGGCGCCAUUCACAUCUGGGACCUGAAGACCGACCACAACGAGCAGCUGAUUCCGGAGCCCGAAGUUUCCGUGAAUUCCGUUCACAUUGACCCCGAUGCCAGUUACAUGGCAGCUGUGAACAGCUCGGGAAACUGCUACGUGUGGAACCUGACGGGUGGCAUCGGGGAGGAGGUGACUCAGCUGAUCCCCAAGACCAAGAUCCCUGCGCACAACCGCUAUGCGCUUCAGUGCAAGUUCAGCCCCGACUCCACGCUCUUGGCUACGUGUUCUGCAGAUCAGACCUGCAAGAUCUGGAGGACUUCAAACUUCUCACUGAUGACGGAGCUGAGCAUUAAGAGCAAUAACCCAGGAGAAACGUCUCGGGGCUGGAUGUGGGACUGCGCCUUCUCCGGGGACUCCCAGUACAUCGUCACAGCCUCCUCUGACAACCUGGCCAGACUUUGGUGCGUGGAGACAGGAGAGAUCAAGAGGGAAUACAGCGGCCACCAGAAAGCAGUUGUCUGCCUGGCCUUCAACGACAGUGUGUUGGGCUAA